UCUAGCCCAGAUUUUCAGUGUGUGAGAAUGAGAUAGAGAGAGAGAGUGAGAGAGAGAAAUUUCAGAAAUUCUGAAGCUGAACGAGCUCUUGCUGUAGCAAUGGCGACUGUAGCAGAAUCAUCGGAAGCGAACCCAAUUCCACCACUACCACCACCACCACCACCAUCACCAAGCGAAGGCCACAGCAACAACAACAACAACAACAACAACAACAGUGCUAAAACCCCAGACGAAACGACGACGCUUUGGGUGGAGUACGCAGUUCAUCAAGCUCAGCUUUACCAGAAAGCCAUCGAAGAAGCCCUCGAUUCCGCUCUCGAAGUCUCCAGAUCUCGCCUCUCCCAAAUCCGAUCCACUUCCUCCGCUCAUUUCAACCAAACUAUCGAUUCUUUACAAGAUCUCAAGUCUGAUUAUGCUACUUAUGAGGAUUUAUUAGUUGGAAAGAUUAAAGAGGGUGUUGUUAUUGCAUCUUCACAUCCAUUAAUUACGGGUGGGGUUGCUGCUGGAUUGGGAUUGACAGUACUGAAAAGGCCACGGCGUUUCUUGUACUAUAAAAUCUUGCACCUUUUUGCUAGUGAAGAGUCCUUAAUUUCCAGAGCUGAUUCUCAAGUGAAGGAGUUGCGACAAUCAAUUGAUCUUCUGAAAGCUGAAAGUGAAAAGUUGGAGAAGAGGGCAUUACAUGGAGAAGAGGAGCUGCUACGUGGAAGGACAAAACUCAGGUUUGCACUUAUAAUGAAUAGUUCUUUAUGUAAUUACUGUAGUUUACUUUAUAAUGAAUUGCAAUCCUGUUUAAACUUUUCCUAUUCCAUUUAUAGACAAGCAGGGAAGCAGAUUCAAGGUGUGAUCCGCUCGGCUUAUAAGAUUGAAAGACAAGCAGGAGGAUUAAAAGAUAUUCUUGGAGAACUUCCAAGAACGCAAGCAUCUAGGUUCCGGUCACAGGUUUCUAAACUAGCUUCUGAGGCAAAGCGAGAAAGGGUUGCUUUGACCAAGGAGGUCACAAAAAUCAGCAAUUAUGGGAUCUCAGUUUGAGAAUUCUCCUGCUGAAAUUCUCUUGUUUCCUGUACUUUGAAGUUUCACAAAUUGAAUCGCCCUUAUCUAACAUGUGAGUAAUUAUAUUGUCAGAAAUAAAUGCAAUCUGUGGAUCAUUUUUUUUUCCUUUAGAGUUUUGUGAAAGGGAAGGUAUUUUUCCUUACGGUGGCAAAUUUUUUUUGAAGAGGAGAUACAUGUGCUGCAUAAAUACUAAGUUUGGAGUACGUUAUAGAAGAGUACACAGUUCAGCUGUAGACUGAUGUUCAAAAACAGAACUACAAAAAUUCAUGUGUUUCAAUAUGAAUCUUAUCACUGCUUAUUUUC